AUGUAUCAUCUAUACCCAUUGGCUAUGUCCACUAAAACCGCACCCGAACGGGCCGACCGCGGAAAUCACAAUAAAGAUGCAUUUUCUAUUUUCUAUUACAUCAGUCCCGUUACUUUUUCAUUAAGCCAAUAUAAUUUACUGACCAGUAUUAAAAUCACCAUCACAACUACCACCAUAUUUGUCAGAUUCUUUGCCAGUAAUUGGUAUCACCUUAUCGGGCAAAUCCUUGUUGAGCUUGGCUUUUGUCUUAUCAUGGUCUGUCAAUUCAUCUUUGUCAUCAGCCUCUUUGCCAGUAACGGUCGUAAUAAUCGCGCGACCCACUGUUGCGCCGGCAACUACUACAGCCUCAGAUACUGCAAUUUUUUUUACAAUGGCAAAUAUUGUAACUUUGGCCGCAAUAGUUAUGAAGAACUGACGCCAAUUUUAUAUAUCACAUUCGAACUUCGAACUUAUAACAUGUGUUGUGUACAUUUUUGCAUUUUGCAUCACUCCGACCACAUCCUCACACCUAAUAUCGAUAGUCUGGCCGCCGAUGGAGUCCUUCUCAACCACUUCUACGCUCAACCCAUGUGUAGCCUGAGUAGGGGUGCGCUCCUGACGGCCGUACAUCCCUUACAUCUGGGCCUUCAGAGCCAUAUAAUUAGAAGUGAAUCGCCCACUGGUUUACCACUGGAUCGCAAAAUAUGGCCCCAAUAUCUGAAACAACGCCACAAUUACGCCACACAUAUUGUCGCUUGUAUACAUUAUUUUUGCAAUAUUUUCCAGUAUUCCAAUAUAAUCCAGCACAACGUGGACCCAAUGACAAACUCAUCAGCCAUUCGGUGGUUUGAUUGGAAAUUAAUACAAACGCGCAAACAUUUCGGUCCCUUAAAAGCCGACUACGGGUAUCAGUUCAUUGACAUCGACAACCCGGGCAUCCCUUUCCCAACUCAACAGUCAGCGCAUCGGCUAAAUAGCAAAAUUACAUCAACAGUCGAGUGCCGACCUGUGCCCGACUCACACCUCCAGACCGAAUGUAUGUCCGAUUACUGUCUGUUUAACUUACGGCACGACCCGUGCGAACAGUACGACCUCAUCGGCCAAACUGACGCCCGAUUUGUGCAAUUCUUGCGCCAAAAAAUGAUUACAUUUAACGCCACUUUUGUUCCGCCGCUAAGUCUUGUACCCCAUGAUCCCAAAUCACAUCCCAAACUCUAUAACUAUACGUAUGUCAAUUGGCUAGACUACCAUGAAAAUGAGAAUGGUCAUAAUGUAAAGGCCAUAACGGGUGCAAAACAGGCCCCGAAUGUGAUAUUGUUUGUGGCGGACGACAUGGGUUGGGCAGACGUGGGCUAUCACUCCGACCACAUCCUCACACCUAAUAUCGAUAGUCUGGCCGCCGAUGGAGUCCUUCUCAACCACUUCUACGCCCAACCCAUGUGUAGCCCGAGUAGAGGUGCGCUUCUGACGGCCGUACAUCCCAUACAUCUGGGCCUUCAAAACCGUAUAAUUAUAAACCACUCGCCCACUGGAUUACCACUAGAUCGCAAAAUAUGGCCCCAAUAUCUAAAACAACGCGAUAAUUACGCGACACAUAUUGUCGGUAAAUGGCACCAGGGUUUUGCGCGCCGUGAGUUCACCCCUACCCACCGGGGCUUUGACUCACACGUAGGCUUCUGGUCGAUGGCCACCGGCGACAAUUGUGGCCACGACUUGAAACAUAACAUGGAUGUCAUAACAAACGCGUCGGACAUCUAUACGACACAUUUGUUUACCGAUCGAUGCCUUCAUAUAAUCGACCAACACAACGCAUCCCAACCCCUAUUCAUAUACAUGGCUUACCAGGCCGUACAGCCUCCGAACUAUCCGAUACCUGAGCCCAAUAUGAAAUUAUUCUCAAACAUUGGGUCUGAGGACAGGCGACUAUUGGCGGCAAUGGUCUAUAGUAUGGACGAGUCUAUCGGCACUGUUAUGGAGGCACUCCAUAGCAAACAUAUGCUCGACAACAGUAUUGUUAUAUUCAUUAGCGAUAACGGAGCUCAGCCCCGGGAGUUUGAUCAUAACAUACAUCCGCCAACUAAUGAUGGCUUAAAUUUACCCUUAAGGGGCGGGAAAAGCUUGUUAUACGAAGGAGCAUUACGAGUACCGGCACUGGUGUGGAGUCCACUGCUAAACAAAAGUAGUUACGUAUCGCAGGCUUUGGUUCACAUCACAGACCUUUUGCCCACGGUUUUGGACGCUAUCGAUGGCACCGGAAUUGAUGACCAGAAUCAUAUUUAUGGUAUAUCCCAAUGGCAUGUCCUGUCAAACAAUGGACGCCCAAUUCGGUGGGAAGUCCAGCACAAUGUCGACCAGUUGUGGAAUUCAUCGGCCAUACGAUGGUAUGAUUGGAAACUAAUUCAAACCAAAAAGCAUUUCGGGCCAUCACUGGCCGAUUACGGCCCCUAUACUCAGCCACUGUUAACCGAAACCCUAUCGUUUCCAUCCCGCCGGUCAACACAUCGUAUGAACAGCAAAACGUAUGGCGUGUUAACACAAAUGGGUCGCCGACCGGACUAUACAGUGCUCAGCGAAUCUGAAGUCGAGUGUCGACCGGUGCCCGACUCACACCUCCGGCCCGAAUGUAUGUCCGAUUACUGUAUGUUUAACGUACGUCACGACCCGUGCGAACAGCACGACCUCAUCGGCCAAAUGGACCGCCGAUUUGUGCAAUUCUUGCGCCAAAAAUUGGUUACAUUUAACGCCACUUCUGUUUCACCUCUAAGUCUUAUACCCGAUGAUCCCAAAGCGGAUCCUAAACUAUAUAACUAUACAUAUACUAUCAUGAAACUGAACAUGGUCAAACUGCUUCGCUGUGAUGAACGCAUAAUCGAUCCUGGUUUAACAAUGACCGAGGGCAAAUCAAGCAAAUAUCGACUCCGGUGCUUAUUGCUAAUAAUUUUGGUCAUAGUAUUUGCCAUAUCCUACGAGUUUAGCUACUUCAUCAAGGCCUAUGUGUUCAAUCAAAUCCAGUUCAUUAACAACAUGUACGGAAAUCAUCCUGUCACUAACCGGGUCACCAUAAUCGUUUACGGCAUUACUUAUCAAAUGGCCCUGAACAUACCUAAAUACCUGGCAUUGAUUGGCCAGAUGUUUGCCGACCUAAACCGGGACAUUGUUGUCGGCGCUCAUAAAUUCAUGACUAUUGGUGAGCACGAGCUGAAACGGAUCCAAUUGAUUCACCACAUGAUCAGCUGUCAGGCGUUUAAGCUAAAGACCCUGAUGUCUGAGGCGUUGCUUUUCGCCACCAUCGAGAUGAUUUACGAGAUGUGCCGGGCUGCCUUCAUUAUCAUAGAGUUUAUUCGCUGCCAUACAACUAUAGUACCUGGCGACUUGUUCGAUCUGACCCAGUUUGAGAUGUUUUACACGUAUAACGAAUCAAUGUGUUUCACAUUUUUCUCGCAAGUAAACGGACAGUCGGAUGACAACUACAUAGCGGACAACGACCGGCAAUACACCGAUCUAUCAGUGGAUAUGUUUUGCGCUAAACUAUCGCUAAACACAACUAAUCCGAGAGUACGAGUGGCUGUCCAUCAAAGGGACCAAUUGCUGAGAAAUUUAUACAAAAUAAAACAAAUUGAAUUCCCGGUGGACAGUCACCGGUCCUACACCAACAUCCAAUACAGCACAACCCAUAUUAAUUCACUGCAACGCCCAUACGAAACUGAUUGUGUGAAUUACAGCCAACACCAGAGGGCGUAUAAAUCGCUGGUCGAUUGUAUAUCUAAUUGUAGGACCGAUGAAUUUAGGCGAAUACUGCCCGGUUGGUGGCCCGGAAGCUACUUGGCCUACGAUCAUGAGUUAAAUUUAAGUAUUGUUAACGGCCAACUCCUGUUCACUGUCGGCACCAGCGAUGGUCACCGGACGCGCGGCCCGAUUGUCAAUAGCCGUCGCACCGAUUGUACGAUACAGGCGUACCCGACGCUCAGCCGGGUCUUCGGUGGCCUCAAUCAUGGCGUAGACUUUAGGCACAAACUGUGGCACCCAUUCCAUCACCCGGUCAUAGAAGUCCACCACCGACUCCAGACCCCCCUCCAGUCGAUACCUGACCUGCGCGUCAGCCAUCAUAGCACCCGUAGCCAUGAGACUGCCGUUUAUGUGGCCCUUCAUGUCCUCCACCGACAUGUUCUGGGACCAACAAUAAUCAUCAUGGCGGUAAAUAGUUUAGCCCAGGCCUGUUUAGCAUCAUCACCAAACGAGUCAGCACCUAGCAGCCGCGUUUGA